AUGAUCCCCCAGGUUGAACAUGAUAUCAACAAGAAGAUUGCAGUGGAGCAGAACAUCAUUCAGGGUGCCAAGAACUUGAAGAAAAAAACUUCAAAUUCCAUGGUUAUCCAGAAAUGUAAUACAAACAUUAGAGAAGCAAAACAAAACAUCCAAUAUUUACAAGAAACCUUGAAGAAGAUCCGCUUAAAUGAUGAAGCUAAGAAUAACGAACAAGACAAUACCCACGAACUCGGGAAGAACACCGAAUAUGGAUACCUAUCAACAAUCUCUCCUAAUGAACAUAUUUUCUCCCGACUUGAUUUAACAAAAUAUGAUUGUCCAUCGAUGUCCCAAAGAAUUCAAUAUAUGUUGCAACAAUUAGAGUUUAAAUUACAAGUUGAAGAACAAUAUCAAGAAGCAAAUACAAAAUUGACUAAAUUAUAUCAGAUAGAUGGAGAUCAACGUAGUAGUUCUGCAGCUGAAGGUGGUGUUGUUGAAUCUAAACAUAGAAUCAUGAUGCUUAAGAAAGCAAUGAAAAAAUAUCAAGCUCUUAAUAUUGAUUUAGGGCAUUAUAAACACAACGAUAAUGAUUUAAUAACCAAUCAACAACCUAAAUUUAGAAGAAAACCACUUACAGGUGUGCUAAAGAUUAUGGUGAAUGGCAUCAGAGAUGUUGAUCAUAUCCAAUCACCAAUGUUUGCCAGAAGUCCCGAUUCAUUUGUAGAGAUCAAAAUAGAUGAUACAGUUAAAGCAAGAACCAAAUUGUCUAGGACAGAUAGAUGGAAUGAAGAAUUUUCAAUUAAUAUUAGUAAAGGGAAUGAAAUUGAAAUUACUGUUUAUGAUAGAAUCAACAAUAUUACCACGCCUGUAGGGAUUAUGUGGUUAUUGUUAUCUGACAUUGCAGAAGAAAUCCGUAAAAAGAAAACUGCCAUAACUAAUGAACAAGGUUGGGUAAGCGCUUCAAAUCUUGGAUACACACAAUCUAAUACGGCCACGACUGGUGUUUCUGGUAGUGCAAAUAUUGAUACGCCAUCUGCAAAUUCUAAUAUCAUAUCUGACUCAACCACUUUACCCAACCAAGAAACAAAAACAUCUGGAGAAGGACAACAAAUUACUAGUAGCAGCUGGUUUAUUAUGGAACCUACUGGCCAAAUAUUAAUGACUUUAGGUUUUAAUAAAUCUUCGCAACCUGUUAGAUCAAAUAUAGUGGGUGGGUUACAUCGUCAUGGUGCUAUCAUGAACCGUAAAGAAGAAAUUUUCGAGCAACAUGGUCACCACUUUGUUCAAAAAUCAUUUUACAAUAUCAUGUGUUGUGCUUAUUGUGGUGAAUUCUUAAGAUAUACAGGUUUCCAAUGUCAAGAUUGUAAAUUCUUAUGUCAUAAGAAAUGUUAUACUAAAGUUGUCACCAAAUGUAUCGCCAAAAUCUCUACAGAUACAGAUCCAGAUGAAGCUAAAUUGAAUCAUCGUAUUCCACAUAGAUUUGAACCAUGUUCUAACCGUGGUACUAAGUGGUGUUGCCAUUGUGGGUACAUCUUACCAUGGAGUAAACAAAAAGUCCGUAAAUGUUCAGAAUGUGGUGUUAUGUGCCAUACGCAAUGUGUCCAUUUGGUUCCUGACUUCUGCGGUAUGUCAAUGGAGAUGGCGAACAAGAUAUUAAAGACUAUUCAAGAUGCUGAACGUAAUAAGGGUGAGAAGAAAAUACACAAAUCACAUAAGCAAUUAUCGCCAUAUAAAGCUAAUAGAGAUGUAACUUCUCCUGCUAAACACGCUUCCGUAUUUAUGGAGAAAGGUAAGAAUAUAUCUCCAAGCUCCGAAGUGUAUAAAUCUACAUCACAUAACCAAGAGUAUCCACAGGUAGAAUAUCAUUCAUCAGCUCAAGCUUCACCAAGUAAGAUCAAUGACACCACUGAUAGAUUAAACCACUUUAUUGAAGAAAAUGAGGUUUACUUGAAUUUUACUAGAGGUGCAGAGCGUGAUGAAAAGUCAUCUGAAUUAAAUGAUUAUAACAAUAGAACUUUGGAUCCAACUGCUGAUACUGUUAAAACUGUCCCGCAAAAUGGUGACUUAAAUCUAGAAGACUAUAAUAGAUAUAAUGUAGAGGAAGAUAUUGAGCAACCAUACAAAGAAGAGAACGAGCUAUGGGAAGAGCAACGUCGCCAAUUAGAAGUUGAACUCCAUGACCAAAAGGUGGCUGAGCAUGCCAAACAGAAACAAGAAGAAGAAGAAAAAGAAGAUAUGAUUAACGAACCACUUGAGUUGCAUACAACUAGAAUCCAUGAAAUAGAGGAGAGCCAUACCGCCGAACUGCAGCCACAGGAAUCGCCAAGAACUUACUCUAAUCCGUUCCGUGAUACAGAGCAAGAUCAUUUAGAAAAGAAUACAACUUCGGAUUUGGUACACAAAGAUGAACUUCAUGAUAUACCAGAAGAUGCCAGGAACAGUAUUUGUGUUUCUCCUCAAAAGGCACAUACAGGUACUAAACAAAAGAGAAAGUCAGGUAGACGUCGGAAGGUUUCUCUUGAUAAUUUCAUUCUUCUAAAAGUUCUAGGUAAAGGUAAUUUCGGUAAAGUUAUAUUAUCAAAGUCGAAAAACACAGGAAGAUUGUGCGCUAUUAAGGUAUUGAAGAAAGAUAAUAUUAUCCAAAACCAUGAUAUUGAAAGUGCUAGAGCUGAAAAGAAGGUAUUCUUACUGGCAACAAAAACUAAACAUCCAUUCUUAACAAAUCUAUACUGUUCUUUCCAAACUGAAAAUCGUAUUUAUUUUGCUAUGGAAUUUAUUGGAGGUGGUGAUCUAAUGUGGCACGUUCAAAAUCAAAGACUAUCUGUUAGGAGAGCAAAAUUCUAUGCAGCUGAAGUCCUAUUAGCGCUAAAAUAUUUCCAUGAUAAUGGUGUUAUCUAUCGUGAUUUGAAAUUGGAAAAUAUUUUGUUGACACCACAAGGACAUAUUAAGAUAGCCGAUUAUGGUCUAUGUAAAGACGAAAUGUGGUAUGGUAAGAAGACUUCCACAUUCUGUGGUACGCCUGAAUUUAUGGCACCUGAGAUUUUGAGAGACCAAGAGUAUAGUAGAGCUGUCGAUUGGUGGGCAUUUGGUGUCUUGCUUUACCAAAUGUUACUGUGUCAAUCACCAUUUUCUGGUGACGAUGAAGAUGAAGUGUUCAAUGCUAUUUUAACAGAUGAACCAUUGUAUCCAAUCGAUAUGGCCGGGGACAUUGUUCAAAUUUUCCAAGGGUUAUUGACCAAAGAUCCAUCGAAGCGUCUUGGUGGUGGACCUCGUGAUGCAUUAGAGGUUAUGGAAGAACCAUUCUUCCGCAACAUCAACUUUGAUGAUGUAUUAGCUCUACGUGUCGAACCUCCAUAUAUGCCUGAUAUCAAAUCUGCUGAGGAUACUUCUUACUUUGAACAAGAAUUUACCUCUGCACCACCGUCAUUGACUCCUCUUCCAUCUGUUCUGACAACAAACCAACAAGAAGAAUUCCGUGGGUUCUCAUUCAUGCCGGAGAACCUUGAAUUGUGA